UAGCUAAGAGUGAGUGUAUUGUAGGUGUUUGUAUUUUCUGUGGGAACACAACAACAUGGAGUGAAGAGAAAGCCAUCAGGACACGGAAAUGCUGACAGAACCGGCGGAACCAAAGCAGAGUAAUCACAGGAUGGAGGCAACCGGGCCCAGAGAGGACGAAUGUGCCACUGACCUCAGGGAGACGAGAAGUCACCAGCCAGCGCCAACAAGUCCUGCCAAGGUCUGGACAAGCUUAACAGGCUUUCGACUGUGGACCCAAAAUACUCUCCAGUUUCCCUUCAAAGUUAGAAAAACAUAUCCAGUGUGUGUGCUGCAUUUCACUAAAAGGUGGAAAUGUUUGUGCUGCAACACAAAACUGGUCAAACACCAAUGAGACUGCGAACCAAACUCUGCAAGAGCCGCAGACAGCAGAUCAUCAGUCAGACCUGCAUGCGGAUCCAGUACGCUCUCCAGUCACGUACCGACUCAAGAGCUACCAGCUCAGGAACCCGGCUGUCCGCAAACCACCUCGGCCUCUUGUGGCGCAGAUGCACAUUUCUCAAAACCCGCAGAGAUCCGGGGCCACAGAGCUGACCUCGGAGCAGCUGGAGCCAGAGGUGACUGUGCAAGCUGAAGAGUUUGUCAAGCUGCCGUUUAAAGGCCCCGAUCUGAACCCUCGUGUCAAACCACAAUCAAAGGUGCUGGCGCUUGUGAUAAAGCAGAGGGUGCCUGUGCCGGCCGGCAGCAUUGCAGCGCGCUGUGGAGAGGGAGAGGUCACCAUCGAGGUCAAACAGAACUUCCUAGGAAACGGUCAGUUGAUCCGGCCAAGUGAUCUGACCUUAGGGGGCUGCGCCGCAGUAGACGCCGCUCGCCACAUCCUGCACUUCCAGACGGCGCUGCAGGGCUGCGGCAGCACAGUGAUGAUUACUGACGAAGCCCUCAUCUACUCCUUCUAUCUGCUAUACUCCCCAACACCUAUUGGCAACACGGUUAUUCUGAAAACCAACCCUGCUGAGGUGGUAAUUGAAUGCCACUAUCAGAGGAGAAGUUAUGUGAGCAGUGGCGCCGUGAGGCCUACCUGGAUGCCACUCGCCACCGCCAUGUUGGCAGAACAGCAGCUGCACUUCUCCCUGCGUCUCAUGACAGAGGACUGGCGGUCGCAGAGGCCCUCCAGCGUGUACUUCCUGAGAGACAUGAUGCACAUCGAGGCGGCGGUCCUCCAGGGUCACCACGUCCCUCUGAGGGUCUACGUGGACAGCUGCGUGGCCACCGCGACCCCCGACCCCAACGCUCACCCCAGAUACCCCUUCAUCAGCAACCAUGGGUGUUUAAGCGAUACUAAGCCGGCAGGAGCCAAGUCUUACUUCAUGCAGAGGAUCCUGGAGGAUAAACUUCAUUUCCAGCUGAAAGCCUUCAAGUUCCAGCAAGAUCACAGGAAAUCACUCUACAUCACAUGUCAACUGAAGGCAACCAAAGUCUCCGUUCCCAUCGACUCGCAGCACAAAGCGUGCUCCUACUUGACUGAAGCAAACAGAUGGGUGGCAUCAGGUGGAGACAAUAAGGUGUGUGGCUGCUGUGAGAGCAGCUGCACAGAGCCGAGGUGGAAAAGAAGCCUUGCAGCAGAUGCAGGGCUUGUGCAGUGGGAGGGGAUGGCGGCUCUGGGCCCCAUCCUGCUGGAGGAGAGCAUCCUGCCAGAGAAGCUGACUGCGCUCCAAGCACAGGAAGUGACUGGAGCAGCCUCCUAUUCCUCCAUGGCUCUGCUGUGUGGGGUGGGUGCAGCGCUGGCUGUGGUGCUGCUGCUCCUCAUGGGUGCUAUCAUCUGCAGCAGACAAAACAAACCCUCCGGACACUUUGUUAGUACCUGAUUAAGACAUUAAAAAUGAAUAACAAA